AUGACAUCCGCGGGGAAGGAGGCCAACAGCGGCCACUACACCAACUACGUGGGCCCGUACCGCCUGGAGAAGACCCUGGGCAAGGGGCAGACCGGUCUGGUGAAGCUGGGCGUGCACUGUGUGACCAAUCAGAAAGUGGCCAUAAAGAUCGUGAACAGAGAGAAGCUGAGUGAGUCCGUGCUCAUGAAGGUGGAGAGGGAGAUCGCCAUCCUGAAGCUCAUCGAACACCCGCACGUCCUGAAGCUGCACGACGUCUACGAGAACAAGAAAUACCUGUAUCUGGUGCUGGAGCAUGUGUCCGGGGGGGAGCUGUUUGAUUAUCUGGUGAAAAAAGGACGACUCACUCCCAAAGAGGCCAGAAAGUUCUUCAGACAAAUCAUAUCCGCUCUGGACUUCUGCCACAGCCACUCCAUAUGUCACAGAGAUCUGAAGCCCGAGAACCUCCUUCUGGACGAGAAGAACAACAUUCGCAUCGCAGACUUUGGCAUGGCGUCUCUGCAGGUCGGGGACAGUCUGCUGGAGACGAGCUGUGGAUCUCCACACUACGCAUGUCCAGAGGUGAUCCGGGGAGAAAAGUACGACGGAAGGAAAGCAGACGCCUGGAGCUGUGGAGUCAUCCUCUUUGCACUUUUAGUGGGAGCUCUGCCGUUCGAUGACGAUAACCUGCGUAACCUCCUGGAGAAGGUGAAGCUGGGAGUGUUCCACAUGCCGCACUUUAUCCCCCCAGACUGUCAGAACCUCCUGAGGGGCAUGAUCCAGGUGGACCCAACCAAACGCCUCACGUUAGAGCAGAUUCAGAAGCACACGUGGUACCUGGCGGGGAAGAACGAGCCGGAGCCGGAGCAGCCGGUGCCCAGGAAAGUGUCCAUUAAAACCCUGUGUGCUGCGGAGGACAUCGACCCGGAUGUCCUGGAGAGUAUGCACUCACUGGGCUGCUUCAGAGACAAGGACAAACUCACCAAAGACCUGCUCUCAGACGAUGAGAAUCAGGAGAAGAUGAUCUACUUCUUGCUGCUGGACCGAAAAGAGAGAUUCCCGAGUCAGGAGGACCAGAACCUGCCGCCCAGAAAUGAGAUCGCAGACCCGCCGAGGAAGCGCGUGGAUUCGCCGAUGCUGAGUCGUCACGGGAAGCGGCGCCCGGAGAGGAAGUCCAUGGAGGUGCUGACGGUGACGGAGGGCGGGUCUCCUGUGCCGGUGCGACGGGCGCUCGACAUGGCCAAUCACGGGCAGAGCAAAUCUGUUUUCAGUAAAAGCUUGGAUAUCACAAACGCUAACUGCAGCAAGGAGGAGAGGUCCAGGUCGAUCAGUGGAGCGUCCUCAGGCCUGUCCACCAGUCCUCUGAGCAGCCCCAGGCCCCACAGACGCCUCUUCGUCCCGCCCCAGUCCCCAAACCUGUGCCACUCCCCGAACUCGCCCGUCUCACCCCUGUCGCCGCUCUCGUGCGAGCCGCGACUCAACGGAAUCGCCCCGAGAGCUCCGCCCGCGGGCUCCCCCCUCAUGCACCCGCGCACCCAGACCCUCCCCGCUAAGCCCCGCCCCUCCGAGAAACCGCUCCAAACCACCCGCUCCAACCCGCUGCCCAGCUCCACGCCGACGUCGUCCGCGCCCAAAUCCGAACCCGCCACUCCCUGCCAGCCCCUCACCCCGUGCCCGUCCCGGUGCCCCCCCAUCAGCCCGAAGGUCCGCCGCCACCCCCCGCUCACCGUGCCGCCCAAACUCUCCAUCCCCCUGUCCCCCGUGGCGCCCGUGUCCCCCCGCCGUCGCCACCUGCACCCAGACAGCAACGGCAAAUGUGCUGCCCCCCCACAGGUGUCCCCCCGCGGCAGCCCCCUCCCCACGCCCAAAGGGACCCCCGUGCACACACCCAAGGACAGCCCGGCCGGGACGCCGAGCCCCACCCCGCCGCCCUCGCCCUCCAUCGGGGGCAUGCCCUGGAGGACUCGACUCAACUCCAUCAAGAACAGCUUCCUGGGAUCGCCGAGGUUCCGCCGGAAAAUGCAGGUUCCCACACAAGAGGACAUGUCCAGCCUGACUCCAGACUCCUCUCCAGAACUCGCAAAGAAGUCGUGGUUCGGUAACUUCAUAAACCUGGAGAAGGAGGAGCAGAUCUUUGUGGUGAUCAGAGACAAACCUCUGAGCUCCAUCAAGGCCGACAUCGUGCACGCGUUUCUAUCGAUCCCGAGCCUGAGCCACAGUGUGAUCUCUCAGACGAGUUUCAGGGCUGAGUACAAGUCUGCGGCUGGUCCCACUGUGUUUCAAAAACCUGUGAAGUUUCAGGUGGACAUCACCUACAGCGAGAGCUCCGGAGCAACCAAAGACCACGGCAUCUACUCCGUCACCUUCACACUACUGUCAGGUCCCAGUCGGAGGUUCAAGCGCGUCGUGGAGACCAUCCAGGCCCAGCUGCUCAGCGACCAGUCCGGGACCAGUCCUCAGAUCUCGGGCAGUCCGUUGAGUAACUUCUUCGACGUGAUCAAACAGCUCUUCACGGACGACAAGAACCUGGCGCCGGGAGGUCCGUGCCCGUCCCCCUGCUCGCCCGCCAAGCAUGCCCCUCACAGCAGCAGCAGCAGCGCCGCCGCCGCCCACAAGCCCUCCUCGCCGUCCUCGCCGCAGGCCCCGCCCACCGACCCCAAACCCAAGGACAAAACAAAGAUGGCGUCCGGCGGCGGCAGAACUCAAGAACAAGCUUAA